CACACACGCACGCACACGUCCCUUACUGCUGCAAACCACAAUCAUCGCUGUCGUGUGUUCUGUUGUACCAGGCCCAUCGGGUGGCUGCUGUUGCUAUUCCCUUUUCCAACAGCAGAAUCUUGCAUACACAGCUGCACUCAUCCAGGAUCGAGCGGGACCGACCGCGGUGCCGCCACCACACAUACAGGUGGGGCGUGUGGCUGUGAGUGAUCUGGUGGCUCUUGCACUUCCGACUAAUGUGCUUGCUCUGGCCAUGCCUGUUUAUGCACGUGUGUCGCCUCCCACCUAUGUGUUUUGCACACACACACAACACACAGACACAACACACACACAUGCACAUACACACAUACACACACACACACAUACACACAUACACUCAGCGGUGCUCAGCACUCAGGAACAGAUUAGGAUAUCCUGGACCAGCUGCACCGAGAGCAUGCACAGCGCCUGACGCGCGCAGAUGCGAUCAAACGAAUGGUGCAGGAACGACAAGGGCAACAGCAGCAGCAGCCAUCACCACCACCACCAGCAGCAAUAGGAACAGCCACCGCAAGAGGAGCCAUUUCUCGCCUGAACCCUCUCUGCAUCUCGUGCACACCCCGUUGAUGACCUUACACCUGCGAUCAUGCGCAUCAUUACUGACUGGACACCCAGCAAAAGCACAACCACUCAAGCCUCCACAGCUCUCACACACACACACACACAUGUGGAGUCAACCACAACAGCCCCAGCUGUCGCUGCGGCGCCAACUACCGCUGGCACCAGGGUCGACUGAGGCUGUCGAUUGGAGUGGUUGACUGUCUGGAGGAACUACUGGCUUUGGAUGCACCCCCCCCCCAUCGCGGCCGACGCUGAAGGCGAUAUCUGAUUGACGCCCUGUCCCUGAUCGAUGCCCUGUCUCUUUGCUGUCACUGCUCUCGUUGCCGUCACGGUUGUCGUGCGCGUGUCCAUUGUUCCCAACCAAUACAACGCCCAACAGUGCACAGCCCCCGAACAAGAUCAACAUAUCCCCUCAACAGGGAGGGUUCAUGUCACAAGCCCCCAGACCACCAAGCAGAUUUUUCC